CUGGGAGGUGGAGGAACGAGCCCCGGGAUCCCCUUGCCCCUCCCCCUGCGCCCAGUGAGUAAUGACAUCGCGGGGAGGGGGAGGAGGGAGAGGGGCAGGCUCGAAGAGGCCAUGUGAUGCUGGGCGCCAGCGAGCCGCCGCCGCCGAGCCGCCUCCUUCCUCCUCCGAUCGCGGGCUGUCAUGGCGACCCCCAACAACCUGACCCCCACCAACUGCAGCUGGUGGCCCAUCUCGGCGCUGGAAAGCGAUGCAGCCAAGCCGGUGGAGACCCCCGACGCGCCCGAGGCAGCCAGCCCCGCCCAUUGGCCCAAGGAGAGCCUGGUUCUAUACCACUGGACCCAGUCCUUCAGUUCGCAGAAGGUGCGGCUGGUGAUCGCAGAGAAGGGCCUGGUCUGCGAGGAGAGGGAUGUGAGCCUGCCACAGAGCGAGCACAAGGAGCCCUGGUUCAUGCGGCUCAACCUGGGUGAAGAGGUGCCCGUCAUUGUCCACCGAGACAACAUUAUCAGCGACUACGACCAGAUCAUCGACUACGUGGAGCGCACCUUCACUGGAGAGCAUGUGGUGGCCUUGAUGCCUGAGGCAGGCAGCCCACAACACGCCCGAGUGCUGCAGUACCGGGAGCUGCUGGAUGCACUGCCCAUGGACGCCUACACACACGGCUGCAUCCUGCACCCAGAGCUCACCACGGAUUCCAUGAUCCCCAAGUACGCCACGGCCGAGAUCCGCAGACAUUUGGCCAAUGCCACCACAGACCUCAUGAAACUGGACCACGAGGAGGAACCACAGCUCUCUGAGCCCUACCUUUCCAAACAGAAGAAACUUAUGGCCAAGAUCCUGGAGCACGAUGAUGUGAGCUACCUGAAGAAGAUCCUUGGGGAGCUGGCUAUGGUGCUGGACCAGAUUGAGGCAGAGCUGGAGAAGAGGAAACUCGAGAAUGAGGGGCAGAAAUGUGAGCUGUGGCUCUGUGGUUGUGCCUUCACCCUGGCGGACGUCCUCCUGGGAGCCACCCUGCACCGCCUCAAGUUCCUGGGACUGUCCAAGAAAUACUGGGAGGAUGGCAGCCGCCCCAACCUGCAGUCCUUCUUUGAGAGGGUCCAGAAACGCUUUGCCUUCCGGAAAGUCCUGGGCGACAUCCACACCACACUGCUGUCAGCUGUCAUCCCCAAUGCAUUCCGACUAGUCAAGCGGAAGCCGCCCUCAUUCUUUGGGGCAUCCUUCCUCAUGGGCUCCUUGGGUGGGAUGGGCUACUUUGCCUACUGGUACCUCAAGAAAAAAUACAUCUAGAGCUUGGCUGGGGCCUGGUGUGUGA